GUAGUUCCGACGAAUGAGCGGCGGAGCGAAGUCAGGAGAGUUGGUGGAUCCUUCUGGUCUGAGUGCAGACGAGUCAGACGCGGACGGCGGGGCGAGUCCUCUGUCAUGACAUUCGGAUGACCACAGCACACCGGCGGCCAGCAACACGUCUGCCGAACAGAAAGCAUGCAGACCCGGUGACAGCCAUCAGACGCCAACUGAAGCUUUUGUCGUCGAGUCACGCUGGGAAGUGCAAGGACAGGCACACGUCUAGAGCUCUUGAACCGGCGUGCAAAAAUCCAAACCCUGCUGGUGUUCAUGUGGCAAGAUGUGAUCCAAGGUUCCUGCAGCCUUUCACUGAGCCCAUAAGGAGAGCGUCCAUAAAGCUUCGUCUCUUAAGCCCCUCACCUUUUCCUUCAACCUCUCAACUCCCCGAAACACCAUGACCUCUGAGCUGGAAAGUAGUUUGACCUCAAUGGACUGGCUUCCACAACUGGGCAUGAGGGCGACCAUCCAGAAGACUGACCGAGACAUGGGAGGACUUCACCAUGGCCACUAUCAUGGACAACACCACCACCAUCACCACCACCACCAUCACAGUCACCAUCAUCACGGAUAUCAUGGGCCUGGAAAGAAAAGCACCCACCUGGACCCAGGAACGUUGGAUCAGGAGGAAAGUAGUCAAAACAGAGACGGCAAGCCCCCGUACAGCUACGCAAGCCUCAUCACCUUUGCCAUCAAUGGUUCUCCUCGCAAACGUAUGACACUCAGUGAGAUCUACCAGUGGAUCUGUGACAACUUCCCCUACUACAGAGAAGCAGGCAGCGGCUGGAAGAAUUCAAUACGACACAACCUGUCCUUGAACAAGUGUUUUCUGAAAGUGCCUCGGUCCAAAGACGACCCAGGGAAGGGUUCCUAUUGGGCCAUAGACACCAACCCUAAGGACGACACGGCACCCAGCAGGCCAAAGAAGAGGCCGCGGUCUGGGGAAAGAGCAUCAACUCCUUACAGCCUGGAGUCCGAGUCUCUGCGAAUGGAAUGCAUCAUGUCAGGUGCAGCGUCUCCCACUCUGGCCAUCAAUGCCGUAACAAACAAGGUAGCACUGUACAACCCAGAAGCAGAGGACUGUGAGAGUCCCGGGAGUCUGGGUGGAAGCCUGAGCAACAGUCUCUCCGAGCAGAGCAUGGCGUCUGUCAACCUCAACAACAUCAACUCCACCGUUAAUAGUCACCCCGAGCCGUCGUCCCAGUCCCUGAGUCUGCAGCCGCCACCCCAGCCCGCGCCUCCUCCCCCACAACCCCAGUACGGUCCACCCGUCCCAGAGUCACGGGACAAGCACCUCUGCUUCUCGGACUUUGAGGACCUGAGCGCGUCCUUCCGCAUCCUGUAUAAGUGCGUCUUUGAGCAGUCUUUCUCGCAGCAGGCUUUGAUGGGGAUGCCAGGCGACUCCAACCAGCAGGCAAGGACCGCCUGUUCCUACCAGCACUCACCUGCUACGGGAAACGAUGUCGGCCACCAUCACCAACACAAUCCCCACCAUCCACACCACCCCCAGCAGCACCUCUCCAGCCAUGGCCCACAGCACCCAUCCCUCUCCCACCAGAGUCAUGGUGGACAGAGUUGCCCGAACACAGGCAUGUCUUCAGAUUGGUACCCAAAUCUGGAUUGGCUGAAGGAGAGCUGUCGCAUUGCUACCAGCUACAAUUGGGCUAAUGUAGACCUCUCCCCCUUUCAAGGCCUGAAGGAGAGCAUGCGUCAGGCGGAGCUCAACAACUGGUCCCUGGAUGCUGGCCAGAUAGCUGACCUAUGUUCCUCCAUUAACCAUUUUUUUACGGUCACGGGGGUCAUCCCUCCAUCGCCACCUCAGGUCGCACACCCAGCAACACCUGGGGCACCACAGCAUCCUGUUCAGCCACUCGGCGCCAUGCACUCCAAGGCUAGCCAGCACAACCAGCACGGCCAACACCUCCACACGGGGAACAUCUACAUGGACUCCAGACAGAACGUUCCUUCCUUGAUGGGACCACCCGGAUACUCCCAUAUGCCUCCUAUCAACAACACAGCUCCCACUAUGACGGCGGACUCCUCCAUCACACUCUUAUCAGGCCAUCACAGUCAGCUGAGCCAGCAGCACAUGUUGCCGCCAGGACACUUCCAGGUGAGACGCAUGCUGGCUGCAGACGACAUCCAGGAUGAUUUUGACUGGGACUCCAUAGUAUAAGCAGAGCCAGGAGGUAACAGACAACCUGUGUUCAUGACACUAGCAGUCAGGUCCUUACACCGAUGGCAAAUGGACACAGAAGACAAUCCAGAAGGGGAAACAAAGUCAUUUUUGUGGACGAGUGUAAAGACAAUCAAUUGUUGCAAGUGGACCAAGUUGUAAACAACAUAACCACACCUGACACUGUGCCAAACGGCCUACAAGUUGCUAAGACUGUCCAAACAUCUGUGAAAUGUUAGCAUUUUAUAUAUGAAAAGCCCUGUGAAUUUAACAAAAGGAUAUUAACUUACCUCUCUUUCAAGAUCAACUAUUCGUUUUUCUUCUUUGUGAAUUGUCUGUACUGCUUCUGUUAGCUGGUUUAAUCUCCAUGAAAUGGAGGGUGAGAACAACGCAUGAGGUGAGCUCCAUCUUCUGGUCAAAUGAAGUAUCGCAACACAUCCUCGCAGAACAAUUCUAUGCACCACUGUUCUUGUUUGACCUUUGUUACAACACCGUUUUAUCAUUUUGGAUGUAAGAGUUCAUUCUGUCAUUUUCUCAGGGUGUUUCACUGAUUGGUCCUUACGUGUCGUCAGGUGACUGCAACAUGAAAAAAUAAGUCAUCUAAAUAAAAUCUAAAGUAGAAUAAGCUCACUCAACACUGGAUACACUCAAACUGCAUUCAAUUAAUUUAGUUAACAUCCUACAUAUGAAUUGUAAGGUCAGACAUUACGCAUUUGAGGUGAAGAUGAGCAGUUUUUGCACAUGAAAAAGUGAUAUUGAGGGAAAUCAAAUCAGGUAAUGAAGGAAAAAUUCAAUUCCAGUAUGUUUUACUUUGUUUACAGUAUUUCUAUUGCAAAAAACAAACAAAUCACCUGUUUGUAUCAAUUGGAAGUGGGCAGAAGUUGAAGAAUGACUUUAAUAUUAUCAUCAUGACCAGCAUUAUACAAAGUGUAUGUUUGUGUUGUUGUUGUUCUACCGAUGUAAAUAAUAUAUUUCUCAUCCGUUUCCCUUUAAGAAGAAAAAACUACAGUGGUGCAAAAGAAAAAAAAAGUAUUUUUCUUAUUUUUCCUUCAAGAGACACUUUGUGUAAAUACCUUCAUUAUAUUGUAAAUAUGUGCUUUUUGUGUGUCAAAGGUCAUGUGUGUAUGGUUCAACAGUUACAGAUCUGUUUCAGUGUUGAUUAAAAUGUUAUUGACCAUUUUUACUGCCCAAACCUUGCUUCUACUAUGUUGCUUUACUACAGUAAAAACCCAAAACCCAGUCCAACCCUAAAACCCCCAAUUGUCAUUCACUAGUUCCUUUUUCCACUCUUGUGCCCUCUAGAGGUCGUACGUGGGUCUAACCGUCCCCCUUUAAUGCCUAAUCUCCACUACAUGAAACACUAGUUGCCUUCAAGUCCUGCCUGUAAAAGUACGAACCCCAAACGCUCCCUAACUUGUCGUCCAACAGGGGUCAGCCUCGUGCCAAGAAACGCUUUUGUUAUACCACCGCCAGACGUAACCUCUGUAGACCACCCUGUGCUUUCUGCCAGUGUUCUAACUGAGUCUAUGGCUCCUAUCCCUGAGGAACACCUCACCAAACAAGCAGGGAAGUCAAGUCCUUCAGCAGAGCAUUAUUCGUUCUUUUUUUUUUUUUUUUUACAAUUUGUAUAUAUAUAUUUUAUAUAUUAUGUGCAGAAAAACUAAGUAAUUACACACAGAUAAAUAUGUUCUUAUAAAUAAGUUUAGUAUAUUAAAAUGCUGAUGUUAUCUCUUAAUGGGUAGGAACCACCUCUUAAUAAUGUCACCCUCCCAACACAAACCUGCCCCCCCUGACUCCACAAAACCCACCCAGCCAAGAGCCAGUGCCCACACCCCUCCUCCACUUUCAGCUCAGUCUUUCUCGCUGCUGCUGAACCAGCCUCUCGCCCUGCUUCACUUCCAUAAAGUCACCACAGAUACUUCUCCAAAAUAUCUGCCGGCUUUCAGCAUCUGGAGCACAGCUGUUUCAUUUUCUUUUUUGACUUUUUUGUGGCUCGGUCCUUUACUCUCUGUUGUCUUCUGUGUGACUUUAGUGUUGUCGUUCUUUGACCCCCCCCAAGUGAGCUCGGGAGUCCCUUCAUUCAUCGCAAACCAGGACAAGCCCACCACCAUGAAUGUUCAGCUGCUGCUCCUGUUGGCCUUCUGCGCCUUCACACAUGCAAGCCCCACGGCCCUCCCUACAGAACAUGACAUAUUGGCAACCGAAUCCGGAGCAGAUGUCACCUUGGAGGCCACAGAAGCCAGCAAAGAUCUUGACGUUGUCACUGGUCCUCCUCCAACUGAGCCCGCCAUGGCCGAAGAAGUUCAAAC